AAAGAACCAAGAACUUAAAUCUCGCGAUACAACUUGAGUAUCCAUAGUAACGCCAAAAACUCCCUGGCGGCUCACAGCGGUGUUAUUAAACUAACUGAAAUAUCUUCUUUAACGCUUUUAGCUGUGUGAUUGUUAUUGUGGUUUCAGGCGCAACCAUGUCAGGAAAGAAACACGCGAAAGAUAAAACCAGAGCUGAAGACGAGGCCUGGAAAAGCGCAGAUGAAUAUCAGUGCACAGGAAAUGCAGAGACUGACUUCCCUGCGCUGUGUGCUUUACUGAAUGUGAAGGAUAUCCCAGCUGUCAUUGCCAAGUUCCCAGCCUCCUCCGCCAGUCAAACUGAAGGAAGUGACACCGAUAACCAGUUACAGACAAGUGAUGCUUCUUUCUGCUCAAAGCCCUGCUUAAAACUGGAACUUGAGAGUAAAGACAGAGCCAGGAGCAUGAAGGUUUCUGGAUGGAGGGUGAAUGAGCAGAUUUUCCGAGCGCUACAGAAAAUGCUCCCCUCCAUGAACCAGCUACUGAGCCUUGGGUUUUGGCAGGCGGGACUGACAGAUCGCAUGGUAGUUGCCCUCAUGAACACAAUACCGCUGUGCUCCAGCCUCAGAGUUGUGGCACUGGAAGGCAAUGUUCUUCCACAGCAGGGCUACCACCUUCUUCUCUCUGAGGACAGCGUCCUCACUCACUUGUCUCUGAGAAAUAACCGGAUAGGAGUUGAAGGCGCUCGCCUGAUUGGUUCAGCGCUUUCGACAGCCAGGUCUGCCAACAAAAACCUCCUGUCACUCAACCUGGCGUUCAACUGUAUAGGUGAUGCAGGUGCUGCACAUAUUGCUCAGGGCCUGCGGCUGAAUCGUACUUUGCUCUUUCUCUCGCUGUGCAACAAUCAGAUUGGAGAUGCAGGAGCUGCUCAUCUGGCUGCGGUACUUGGUGAGUUUGCCUUAACUCAUGACGAAAUAGUGGAGAGGAGGAAGUUGCUUCUGGAAAGAGCGCAAGCUGCUUUAGUGAAGGAUGAGCCUCUCCAAACAUUAGCUGGCAGCACCACCUCACUGGGUGGUAACAAAGGAGAGACCAGAGGCACUCCCAAAAAAAAGGAAGCAACCAGAAAAGAUGAGAAAGUGGCCGCCAACAAAGACAACCAAAAGCCAAACAAGAAAACCACUGAUACAAGAGCGCCUCAGCCUAGAGGUGGAAAGGCAGGGGGCAAAGAGAAGCAACAUCCAGAAGAGGAUAGAUCAAAUACUUCCCUGAAUGAGGCAGAGUUGGUGGAUUCAGUGAAUCCCCUGCUGGACCCGUCGGUGCAUCCCAGGGACGGACAGCUCUUCAUGCCUGGAAACACGACUCUUACCUCCCUCAACCUGGCAGGAAACAGAAUCACAGAGAAGUCGCUGCCUCUCUUUUUGGUGUCACUCGAGAUGCAGGGCGAGGGUGGAGGCCUGCUGCGUCUCUGUCUGCAGAGAAACAUUUUCCCACCAGGAAAUGAGUUUUACGUGAAGAUAAAGGAACUGAUGGCUCCCUUAGAUCCAAUAGAAAAAAAUAACUCUGAAGAGGAGGGACUGGGAGAGUAGAGAGGCUGACAGAAUGAGCCUUCACUUUGUCUUAUAGCAACAAAAAUAUGUGUAUAAUUGUAUAAUAAUAAUUUCAGCUGUUUAAUUAUUUGUCAGAAUUAAUUAAAGAGAAUAAUAUGAGUGAACAGGGCAGCCAAUCAGAACUGCGUAGAUUAAUUGUUUUAGUUAAGUCACCUUACAGUAACCAACCAUCACUCAGGUGACAUGCACAUUAAGUUUAUUGGUGGUUCUAAAUUGGUUUUAGAUGUGAGUGUGAGUGGUUGUAUGUUUCUCUGUGUUAGUCAUGUGAUAGACUGGCAACCUCUCCAGAGUGUACCCUGCUUCUGUUUGUCUCCUGGAUUUUGGUGUUUUUUUCUCCAGGAUCUGAACCAUUAUGGCUUCAGAAUAGAGGACAUUUGACUCAAGAGACAAAGAUCAAAGUUUUUAACUUAAACUAAAUAAAUCUGUUUUAGUGCAGCACUACUGUACCAGUAUUUACUUGAAUAAAAGCUACUUUUAGCCCUUAUUUACAAGGGCUCACCACAGCAGGCCACUCCAUGUGUGUGAUUAGGCAGAUUCUUACACUGGAUGAUUUUCCUGAUGUAACCUUAGAGGGAUUUGUAUGAUUUGUGUCUCCUUCUGGAAUCAAACUGUGUAAUCCACUAUCCUGUAGUGCUGGGCUUUUAAUUAAUUAAUAUUCCAUUUCAGUUCCAUCAUCCAACUAUUCAUUAUUUUCCCUAAAAAUAAAUACAUAAAUGUAAAAAUUCCACUUUUGGAGUUACAGCUCUUAAUGCUUUAUGUACUUCACCUUCCACAUCUGCUCUAGGUGUUUCUAUAUUCUUUAUUUUCCAGCCUCCCCAUCAUCUUAAAUAUAUAGUCAUAUUAGUUUGCUUUCAUUUUUCUGGUGUCUGCAUCCCACAGUUUGACAACUGUUGCCUUGGAUGGUUCUUCACAUUU